UUUUUUAUGAUUUCUUCUUCUUUUUUGUGUUUCUGUAUCUUGAAUAGAUUACAUAUUAAGAUUCUUAGAUUUAUACAAUCCUCUAGCAAUUCAGAAAAUCUGUCUAUAAUUUUACAUUGUCGUCCAGUUUUGCUUUUUUAGAAAUUCCAGUAGCUUUAUGGUUCUAGGGUUUUUCUGAUUGUUCAGUGGUGUGUGUUUCGUUGCCACAAUGGCUCGUAGUUUAAGUUUGGGAGAAGCAAUGGAGAUUUUGAAUGAGGCAUUUUCGAGAACAAGGAGGAUCAUGGAAGGAUAUCCUGAUAUUAAGUUCAGUGCAGAGGAGUAUCAAAGAUUCUAUCAAUGUGUUUACUUGUUGUGUGUACAGAGAACUUCAAAUGAGAAUUCCAAGAUGCUUUAUGAUCGUUACAAAAUUGGUUUAGAAGAGUGUAUGAACUCAUUGGUCCUUCCAUAUUUGGAUGAUAAAAGUGGUACAAUUCUCUUGACUGAGCUUAUGGUGAAGUGGUCUAGCUAUCAGUUGAUGGCCAGGUGGUUAUCUAGAUUCUUUCAUUACCUUGAUCGUUUCUAUAUCCCUCGUGUUGGAGCUUUUGGCCUUUUGGAGCUAGCUAUUAGAACCUUCCACAAUCUGGUGAACCCAAGAUGUCAGACUAAACUCGCUGCUGCUGCGGUAUUUUUGAUAGAUCAAAAUCGCAAUGGGGUGACAAUUGAUGGGAACCUACUUAAAAAUAUUGUUGAGUAUUUUGACGUUGCACAAACAGUGGGAGGAACUUGUUAUGAUGAAUUUGAAAAUACCUUGCUUGCAACUUCUGCAGCUUACUAUUCUCAAAUUGCUUCACACUGUCUCGUGAAUGAUUCAUAUGCCGAUUAUAUGUAUAAGGUUCAAUGGUUCUUAGAACAGGAAAAUGAAAGAGCUAACCUUUUUUUAAACCCCUCUUCAAAAGAUAAGCUCAUGCAGGUGGUCAGAUCUUGCUUGGUUGAGCAGGUCUUGCCAAAACUACAUGAGAAGCAACAAGCUGAAAACCAUGACAAGUCAACAGAUUUUCAGGAUCUGCUGUCUAAAUGUGCUGGCCUUAAUCUUGGGGAUCGCGGUUCUGAUCCAAACUGGAAUAUGGUGCAGCAACCUUGAUGUUAGUCGCGUUAAUGGACGCAGGUUUAAGUUAUAAGCUAUAGUUCGAAAACACAAGUGUUGGGACUAAUGUGUCUCCAGUCCACUCAUGCAGUUUUGAGAGUUUGUUAGUUUUGUUUUGGGGGAGGGAAUUAGCAAAUACAAAUACUUUGUAUAUAUAAUGAAAGGGAAGAAGAGUAUAGCAUUCAUUCAUAUAUUGUAAUGAGCCAUUCGACGAGCAAGUGCUUUGUGCAAUACAUUACAACAACCUUCUUCCUAUAUAUAUUCUUGUGUCAUCUUUCUUUUUCUA